AUGCAGCAAUCAUCUGCCAAGUCUGUGGUGGAUAGUUGGAUAUCUAGUUCCGAUUCGGAGCAAGAACAUAACAAAACGAGACACCAGGAUGUGGUGAAUAAAAUUUUCACUUCACAACAACAAGUUCCAGGAAAACAUCAUCAAAAUAGACGAAUGGGUCUCCAAGCCGAUAAACUUUCAACCGAAACCUUGAAACAGCAGCAGAAAAACAGGAUUGAUAAAAUCAAUAGCGAUUUGAAAUUUCAAAUUUUAAAAAAACAUGAUGUGAGAAAACGAAAAAAGAGAAAAGGAGAAAUUAUUGAUUAUGGAGAAGAAGAGGAAGAAACACAACAAACAAAUGCGUCUUCUUCUUCAACAAAUAAUGAUAUCACUAAUCAACACAGUUCUUUGAAGCGUAAGAAUGUAGAUCAAAAAAACAGUGAAGACGAUGAAGGAGAAACCAAACUAAAACAUAUUACGAAAAAGAAAAAACUUAAAAAGAAAAAAAAGUAUGAUUGA